UUAAAAAUGUUUAACGUAGUACUUAAGCCAUGAGAUUCUCUUAUCAAAUGAACUAGUUUUCUUAGUUGAACUUUUCUCAUGCGAUGAAGCCCUAACUUAAUAAAUCAACUGUAUAUCCUAUUAGCUAGCUAGUUCCUACAAGAUCAAUGUAUAUAGAUGACUUAUACUACUCAUCAAUGAAUUAAGUUUGGUUGUAAUAGAUCACUGUCAAUAAGCUGGAUUUUGAAAAGGACACAUCACACAUACAUGGUUGAAGCUGCCAAAAUGAGUUUGGAUCUUUAAACUAGCUAGAAGACUAUGGAUUCAUAGUGAUAGGAUGCAUGUGAUAUUUUGAAACCUUUUUUUCCUUUUAUGUUCAUACGUAUAGCAGCAUGUUAACUUAGAAUUUAUUUGGCACUACCAAAAUCCAAUCAAUAUUGCUUAAUAGCUAGAAUGUUGUAUAGUAGUAUAAUGGAUAAGAACAGCACAAAAGAAGUCCCUAAGAUUGAAAUUACAUUUGACUAACUACCAGUCAACACUAGUCAAAACUACCAGUCUCUUACCUUAUUUUCUGCCAAGUUCCCAAUGAUAAAUGCUGCUAUAGCAGUUUCUUUGAUAUACAAAUUAUAAAGUGCAUACUCUCUUCCAUUUACAAAUUUCAUCAUUCUCUACAACUUAUUGGUAUGUCAAGACAAGGGAAUAAGAUCAUUCAAGCCAAGCUGGUAGAAUUUACAUGGCUUUUCUUGUAGGUACUUCUUGGAGACAUGGGAACAGGAAAGACUAGUUUAGCAUUAAGAUUUGUUAAAGGCCAAUUCUUUCAGAAUCAGGAACCAACCAUAGGAGCUGCAUUUUUCACACAAAUAUUAUCAUUAUCUGAAGCUACUGUGAAGUUUGAUAUAUGGGACACAGCAGGACAAGAAAGAUAUCAUAGUUUGGCUCCUAUGUACUAUCGCGGUGCAGCAGCAGCGAUUGUUGUUUAUGAUAUCUCUAGCAUUGAUACAUUUGUUCGAGCGAAAAAAUGGGUUCAAGAAUUGCAAAGACAUGGAAGUCAGAAGUUAGUGAUGGCAUUGGUAGCAAACAAAUGUGACUUGGAGCCAAAGAGAGAGGUUCAAGCUGAGGACGGAGAACAAUUUGCCCAGGAGAAUGGAAUGUUCUACAUGGAAACAUCUGCUAAGACUGCUGAGAACAUCAAUGAGCUUUUCUAUGAAAUAGGAAGAAGACUAGCAAAGGUUUUACCACCAAAGCAAACAGGAAUAAAUUUUAGAAAUGAAACACAAGCACAUGGUAGAAAGUUUUUUUGUUGCUCAACGUGAUAUUAUCAUGUAAUCAAAUCACAGAAAGGUGUCCUUGAUUUCCUUGUUGAAAUGCAUUGACAUCUGAAUAACUUCAAUGUUUUCCUUUGUAUUUUACCUCUUAUCUUGGAGUCUUUUUCACAGUUUUUUCUUUUGGCUAUAUAAUAGUUUUCCUUCAAACUGUGUCUCCUUUCUUUGUAAAUAAAUUCAAACUUAAUGAAAUGCUUGUGUUGUGGAUUAUUAACAAAUUGACAUA